AUGGCGAACAACGACAAAGGACGCAGAAAGUGGGGAAAAAUUUCACAAGAAAAUAUGGCGGAUUCUAAAUUGGGAAAGAAUAGAUCAACAUUGGAAAUGCGUGGCGGUGCAAGCCGGGCUCCUCCUCAGCCCUUAUAUAGGCCAGGAUGCGGCCCAUUACGUAAAUCAGGAUCAAGCUCGGACAAUUUUGACAGUGAGAACAACCCACAGGAAAAGCCCAAGUCAUCUUUCUUUCAAGGCCGUGAGAAGCAACACCAGUUCAAUAGUCCUUUUCUAGCGCAGGACAACCCACUUUCAUCUCGAAUUGAAAGUAAUUCUGAUAAAUUGACUGAUGUACGACUGAACUUCAGAAACAACAGCAACGAACAGAUUCACGCAUCAUCUAGGAAUAAUCAGGUUGGGGGUGAUCCAAGAAAGAAGAAUAAAAAACCAGAACAACCUCUUUAUGUGCCAAAAAAGGUUAAGGAGUCAUUGGCUGGGCGUGAAGUGGCUGAUAGAUCUCCAGUGCUUGGUGGAUGGGACAGAGAACGAGAGAGGGAAAGAGAAAACAGCAGAGAUUGGGAUACCCAUUCCAAUCACAGCCAUCGAAAUGAGAAUCAUCGCAAUCGUGCGGGAGCUCAUGGUAGUGGUGGAAAUAAUCGUAGUGGAGGCAGGGAAGAGCAUGGAAAACGUGGUGGAGGAAGUCGGCGUAACCGGAAUCCGAGUGACUGUGAAGAACGUUGGAGACCAGACUCGCCAUCUUCAGGGAGAGGUUAUGGAAAUAAAAGGGACAAUCAUCGAGAGAUUAGACAAGGUUCAGAGCCUCUCAUUGAUUCACCAAACACGACAGGCGAUCCUAGUCGAACUCGAGACACUAGAAGCGUUGAACCAAUCGGAUAUCCAGAAAAGUUUCAAGGGAAGCCACCAUCAGGGAGGCGUGGUAGUAUAAAAGACAAUUCAAUGCAUAGAAACUUGAAAAACUUUGAUCAUCUCCCACCAAGAUUGCAAAGAAAGUUACUUGAUAAGAAUGGAUUACUUUCAACACAAAAUAGCUACAUCGGCACUACUUCAGAGGAUACACAAUGGGAUGGAAGCACAGUUACUUAUCAGGGUACCUCUGGUUGCAAUAAUUAUUCAUCUGCAAUGCAACAUUCUCAAACAAUGCAGCAUUUGCGACCAUCAGGGCCCUUGCCCGCUCAGGAAAGCUGGGCAAAUACUAUUCCUGCCCGCAGCCGUGGUCGAGGAAGACUCAGACUGGAUGAAAUGGAAGCUCAGUCUCUGAUGUUUAGAUCUGUUACACCUGAGCAGUUUUCUGCACCUAAUACAAGACCUCAGACUCCUAAUCAAGAUUACAUGAUCCGAUCCUAUGAUCGUCGAGGUAGUAAUAGUACAAUGUACACGAGCGUAGAGAGUUUGAGCCACAUAGAUAGCUUCACGAUGCCUCCUCCAGCUCCGGCGAUGUCACCAGCAACGUCGAUACCAAUUGGGAACAGACGUCAGUCACCUCCCAACUACCAACGACAGAGGAGGGGGGCAUCUUCUCCUACCAUGUCACAGCAGCAUACUUAUCAGACACGACGUGGCAACAACCCGUGCGAGCCUUCAAGCUCCAUGCAGGAAAGAUCGGAUCACAAGCAAAUGCCGAAUCUUAGUCCAUCUAAAAGCGAACCAUUCAGUCCAUUGCCAGAUAUGUCCUCGGAGCAUACGUUGGAUUGGAGUGAAGAAGUAGAAUUAACUGAGAAACUUGAGGCUGAACAGCUAUGUCGUAGCUCUUCAAUGAUUAGUCUUCGUGAUAAUGCGAGUGGGGUAACUGGUAGUCAACCACCUGCUGAAGCAUCUAAAGGAAGGAAUAGAGCAAGGAAAAAGAGACAAGGAAGACAACACACUGGUGACAGGAGUUUAAGCAGGGAUAAAGUAAAACAAAAAAGUAGAGAACGUGAUAAAAACCAACAGAAUAGAGAUCAUGACACUUACAAUAGCAAUCAGAAGAUCGCUGGUGCCAGUAGGCGGUAUAAUAGGGACCAUACUCAGAGUAACAAUGCCCAACGGAGUCGUGAAACAAGUAAAGAAAGAAAUUUCAGAGGCAGUAACCGGAAUCCUGAUGAUUUUCAUAGAAGCAGCUUUCUCUCCAGAAUGCCGGACUCACAUACAGAUGAAAACUGGAGGGCAGGAAGAAAGCCUUCGAUAUGUGAUUCGGACGAGGGUCGGCGCACUCCAUGUUCACUGACUACUCACACUCGUCAACAAUCUCCUCAUUCUGUUCCAAUAUCAAAAUCCCCACCUAACUCUGUGUUGCUACAAAAUAAUUCUCAGCCAAGUUAUAACAACGCUCAACCACCUGGUGUUCUAUUUUUACCUGAUACCAGCCAUUCACCACCCAGUGUCACCCCACCGAGACAAAAUCCAUCUCAGCAACAGAGAACUCUCUUCGACCCUAAUAAUCCCAACAAACCAAUCAUCAUUACGUCACCUGGAAGUCGAGCUGCCUUGGCCAGGGAAAAUGAAGCUCAAAGCCAGUCCUCUGGUGUACCUGUUUUCCAAUCUCAUCCUGCAAGUCCAGGUCACAGUUUUGAAGCACCUCAAUCGGAUACUAUGCCACUUUACGUUACUGACGAGUUCGGAAAUAUGCGGCCAUCGUGGUAUAAUCCUAAUUCAGAAAGUUUCCGAUCAGCAAAGAAUCCUUAUUUACUUUUGGACAUAGGCCGGGCAGAUUUGGAGCUACAGUGGAUUUUAGGUUCAGGUGGUUUCCCGGCUAGCUGGGAGAGGCUUUCUUAUAUUCGACGGUUUUUACAGGAAAGUUUACAAAUGCUAUUGAAAACAGAUAUUAAAUUUUGCCAAGCUGAAAAUGUGGAGCAACAUUUUUGGAAGAUAUUAUUUCAUAACAUGAUUGAAAUGUUACGGAAGGGUAUACCUAAAGAGAACUCGGAAGGACGUGAUCAUUACAAAAAAAUAAUGAUAGAUAUCAUUGAAGACGGAACGGUAUACUUAGAAAAUCUUCUAACCGUCCUCGAAACUAGUUACAAAUUUAAAUUGGAUACGUUUCUGGUAUCUCCAUCCUUACCCAAAGGACUUGGACCUGUUGGCUUGGCUUUGGUCAGUGCACAGAAGAUAUUUUUAUAUCUUGGAGAUUUGGCUAGAUACAAAGAACAGGCCAAUGAAACCACCAACUACGGAAAGUCAAGGCACUGGUACGUCAAGGCUCAGCAAAUUAAUCCUAAAAAUGGGCGGCCAUACAAUCAAUUAGCAGUUUUAGCAUAUUGUGCUAGACGAAAAUUAGACGCAGUUUACUUUUACAUGCGGUCACUGAUGGCAUCGAAUCCAUUUCAUUCCGCCAGGGAAAGUCUGAUAGCACUUUUUGAUGAAAAUAGAAAAAAAUAUCUACAUUACUAUGAGUCUACGGAACGAAAGCGUAAGGAGGAAAGAGAAUGGAAGGAACGAGCUCGCAUGAAAGAAAAAGAAGGGGCGAGUGGAGGAGGCGGAGGAUUGAGGAGAGAAAUUUGGAUUCAUCCUGGGGGCAAGAGGGUCACGCGAACAACAACUGCUGCUGCGGCAAGUGAAGCAAGACUAGCUCACAGUGACCCUGAGGAACUUUCCAAGUUGACCAGUGUCGAGGUGAACAAACGAUUUGUAACGUCUUACCUCCAUGUUCAUGGGAAGCUGAUCACAAAAAUUGGGAUGGAAACCUUUCAGGAGGCUGGUAUUCAGAUGCUCAGAGAAUUCCGGGCUCUCCUUCAACACUCGCCUCUUCCUCUACCGGGAACUCGGCUUCUUCAGCUGCUAGCGCUUAAUAUGUUUGCCAUCGAGACGACGCAGCUCAAGGAAACACAACUGGAACCUGGCUACAGAUCCGAGGUUCAAGAACGCGCGCUAGUCGUAUCCUUGCAAAUGUUCAGCUUGAUCCUCGAGAGGGCUGUUUCAUUAUUGAGGGUGCAGCUUCAACGUGAUGAACACCCCAGACUGAUAGUUGAUGAAGACAUGCAAGUUCUACUCCCUGCCAUCAAGAUAUGGUGUGAUUGGAUGCUGUGUCACAGUACCGUAUGGAAUCCACCGCCAUCUUGCACGGAUUAUCGCGUCGGACCACCCGCAGAUGUUUGGAGUAGAUUGGCCACGAUGGUAAACCUCUUGGAUAAGCUGGACCAUCAGACAGCUGCGUUUACUAGCGACAGUGAGGCUGAAGGACUUGAGCUUGUCAGGCUACCAGAAGACUCCACGCUCUCAGGAUUCACUCCUCUCAUGUCGAAUCCUCAGGAGCCGGUUUUCGUCAAGAAAGAGGAAGAUAUGGAAGUGGCCCAAGUUUGUUUGAGGAUACACAAAAUACUCUUCUUCGGACAAGUGUUCCUCUGCGGUCUUGAGACUCCGGUUCUUAAGCUGCAAAAAUGUGAAACUGGCGACAGCGAGUACGUUUCUGUUGUGGAAACCUCAACAGCAAGUUCCCCUAGCUCACCACCUGAACAAAGUGACUCAGAAAUCCUCGUCGAAAGCUACAGCGAAGGUGAGGAGGAUUUGCCGGUGAUGAGACGGCUAUCCUCGAAUUCCGGUGCAUCGACCGACAAUUCGUUGUGGACGACGGCACCGACGGGGGAGAUCAGGUCACUCAUAGAACGCAAAGAAGAACUCGAAAGGCGCCAGAGGAAGCAGGAACGUCAUCGGCAGCGAGUCCAGGCGAUAUUGCAGAAGUCUACAGUAUCCGUGGAAAUCGAAGUAAAACCAAGGCAACUGGUUCCGGACACAAAUUGUUUCAUUGACUAUCUGCCUCAACUUCAGGCAAUCGCCAAGGCAACUUCCGGUUCACAACCGAUCUACACGUUAAUGGUGCCUUUAGUCGUUCUCAACGAGCUGGAGGGUCUUGCUCGCGGAGGAGACGCUCGCGAUUGCCCGCCGGCUUCGAGAGCUGCCCUGAACCCUGAGCACGUCGCCAGGGUUGCCGAGAGAUCAAGGGUGGCCCUGGCCUUUGCUCGCAGCAAAAAUCCAGCAGUGCGUUGUCUUACAACGAGAGGAACGGUCCUAACGUCGAGCACCUUUACCGUCGAGGAAGACGUCGAUCAGGGUGGUUUAACAAGGAACGACGACAGAAUUCUGGCAACCUGUUUAAGCUUAUGUCGAACUAGCAGCAAGGAGUAUACCAGCGUUGCAGAAGGCCAACCUCGUAGGCUACGACGCGAGGUAGUAUUACUUACGGAAGAUAGAAAUCUUCGGGUGAAAGCAUUGGCACGAGAUGUCCCUGUCCGUGAAGUACUAGACUUCGUGCAGUGGGCCAGUCUUGGAUGAUUGCCGACCGCCAAGUUCGCUUUCUAGUAGAAAAAAAAAAUUAAUAAAAAAAUAAGGAUAGUAAUGAACAGAAAAAUCAAUGGAAAUAAAGAUAAAUGGAUGAAAUAAAAUCAAACAUCGGCCCAUCUCGCAACAGCAGACAGAGAUCUUCAUUGCCACCAAGACGAUGCAUCUGGCCGUUGGUAUGACGUAAGUGUCGCGUUGUAUCAUAUCCUUGCUUCAAGGUGUUUAGUGGGACGUUUACUGGACUUGUUACACGUUGCUGUCGUUUAGUACUUUAUGAUUUCGAUCCCAUACGAUCGGGAGGAAAAGAAACAAGUCAGCCUUACGCUAGUAUUGUUGUUAUCAUUAUUACUAUUAUUAUUAUUACCAAUGUCUCAAAUAGUAAUUGUACAGGUUUAAGAUGUCAAUGAAUUUUUGGAAUUUUUUUUCACUGGGCCGUUCUCUUUCUCAACUCGUAAUAUGUAUAUUCACACACGUGUGUAUUGUAAUAGCGAUGGUAAGAUAACACGAAGCGAAAGUGAGAAUUCGCAGUAUAAUAGAAUUUUGUGUGUUUGUGUGUGUUCGUGUGUUGACCAAGGCUUUCAUCUUUUAUUACGUGUUAUACACAUAGGAUGAUUAAUUUUAACAUUAUAUUCUAAGUCCUGACUUUUUCGUGAUUUACUUUUAUCGAAGCGUCCUUGCUGUUUCUUUUUUCCUUUCCGUAAGCUCCCUCGCUUAUUUCUGGGGCUAGUGUGAUGUGAGUCAAGUUUUUGUUUUCUUUUUUCGAUCUACCAUAUACUAUCAUACUUAUGGUCAUAGCCUAUUUGAACAGCAUAAUGUGAUCUGUUCCUGUUUUUCCCAUACCCCGAUAUUUAGAGCCAUCACCGCGAUACCUAACGAAGCGAAAGCGAACCUGUGAAUCCCUUCUUAAUAAUAUUGACAAAUCAUAGCGCAGCUGAGAAUUGCAGUGGCGGUUUUAUAUGUGCGUAUACAUAACACCGUAUCUUAAAGUACAGAGAAAACCAUUUAAUAAUUGACUGAACGAAAAUUACCAGAACGAAAAACAAACAAAUUCAGUGGGAAUGAAACUAGACAUCUCGAGAAGAUAACGAGAAGACACACACCAGUAGCGAGGGCUUCGAUCGGACAUUGAAACACUGGCAUUUCUCUGAUUUUCACUUACGGUGUAGACACCUAAGUCCUGUAAACGUAUACCUAUUAUUGUUUAAUCGCGCAGGUCAUUUAUUGUGACUGAAUUAUUAUUUGUAAUCAUGUUUAUAAUAUUAUAAUAUUAUGUAUAUAAUUUGUAACAUUUUUCGAUCGUGUGUAUUAUUAUAGGUAUAUACACUUGUUAUACCUUUUUUAUUUUUUGUCUUUUUUAAAAAUGAAAUCAUAUUCAUGUGUGGAAACAUCGGAUGGCUUUAAUUCCAUCGUUACACACCAUAGACGUGUAGAUUUAAAAUGUUAUACUUGAUACUUGGCGCAUAAAUCUACUGAGUCUUUUGAUGUUAUUUUCAUUGUGAUAUCAUUGGUAUUUUCUCAAGUAUUUCAAUCGCGGCACAUCUCACUCUCACCGUACCUUAGACUCCCAUCCUGCGAUUAGAUACAGAUGGAUUACAUUGAAAAAAAAAAAGAAAAAAAGAAAAAACAAAAUAAAACGAGUCAAAGAAAACCGAGUGAAAAGAGAAGAAAAAAUAACAAAUGCCUCGUUAUACGCGUAGUAGUUAUCGCAUUCGUAGACAUGUAGAUAAACCUACAAAUAUCUACAAUUUCCGAGAUUUUCAGACACACUUAUUGAUUUUUUUUCUUCAAGCGGUCCUAUCGUAAUUAUUAUGACUAUCAGUGGUCCAGUAUUGAUGAACGAAUUUAGUUUAUCGCUGAUCAAUCGGGUCUUUUCAACUAUGAACGAAAUAAAUUUCUAGUACGUCUUUUUAUCGUGCAUAAGUAGAUAUUUGCAUUAUUUUCGACACCGUGAUUGUGUAUAAUGGAAAAUUAAUCGGAGAAAGGAGCGAGUCGUCAGUUACGAUUAUAAUACUUAAACCGCACGAUUUUUUUCUCAAUUUAAAAUUCCAUAGGAAUUUAGUAAAGAAAUCAACCAACGGAAACUGCGCAACGGCACAUUGAGAAAAGUUAAGAAACAAGGCGAAUGGCUAGCAUGUAGAUCGUUUGUGGUUGAAAAAAAAAGAAAAAAAACAAAAAAACGAAUGAAACUAAGAAAAAGAAUUUUUUCAAAAAAAAGAUUGUAUUUUUUACCACUUUUUAUAAUAUUAUAUCUACUACAUAAAUAUAUUUACCAAUUAUAGGCUAAUCCUCAGAAUGGUAGGUUUCAUUUCUAUCAUUGUGAUGUUACUGUUCACAUCGAUGUAUCAACGUGAGCGCGAAAUUUGAAAGCAGAACAGAAACGCCAAGGGGCUAGAAAAGGGAAGUAAGGUAUAAGAAUGAAAAUAAAACUCCCAUUAUUCUGGCGGAAAUUUAAUAACUAGAACUCUUGAUUACGUGUACUUUGGAUAAGUUUUGGAGUAAUUCUUAACGCACUAUUUUAAUGAUAUAAUAACGCGAAUAAUCACAUUCGUAUUUUUCUAACACCGAUUUACUAUAUGUUAUUGCUGUAGUAAUUAUACUUAUACAUGUAUCAAAUUACACACGUGUAUGUUGUGAAUAUCGACACAUAACGUAGACGUAGAAUUGUCAGUUUAAUUAUUUUUUUUUUUCAUCAAAUUACUAUUACUACACUACUACUUGACUAUUAGGAUUAAAUUUUAAUGCUUUGAACGACAUGAUAAGAUACGAUAGCAUAGCGUAAGCGUUAUAGUUAUACGUUAAGAACUUUUAAGGAAGAUAUUAGCAAAUAUGCAUACAUUCCUAAAAUUAUUUCAAUACCUAAUCUAAUUUUAUAACUGAAUCAAGUGUAACUAGCAAAGAAAAGAGAAAAAAAAACAAAAGGAAAGAUUUUUCGCUAAUUUAAUUCGUAGCUAAUUCAUAUUUCUUUUGUCACGUUGUACAAUACAUUUCUCCACCAAUUAAAUUACGCAUACAUAUAUAUCUGUAUACACAUAUGUACUUUAAAUCACACUGCAUGCAGUACAGUUUUUAUCAUUAUUGUUACGUAUUCAUAUAGACAAAGUUCUAUUAGCAUCAUUAUCAUUAUGUACAUAAUGGUAGUAUCCUAUUUUUUGACAAGCCAUAGAGACAUGGUAACUUGAUAACAUUACACUACACUUAUCUGUAUCUUUAUAGUGAAACGAGAAUGAUGUUUGCAAACGAUAUUUAGUGAAAUCUAUGCUGCUGUGUGCGUCGGAUUGCGUAAGGGUACGAUUUCGAUGACACGAACGAAUUUUAAUGAAUUAAAUGAAGGAAAAAGGCAAAAAAGUGGAAUAAGGUCAGACCGACAUUAACGUCAGAAUCUUAACCGUACGAAGAAGGGCAAUACUUAAUAGAAAAAGAAGUAGCUCGCUUAUUCUCAUUAUCUUGCGGUUUCGUUUACACUUUGAUGAUCAUUAAAAGCCGUUUCAAUGUGUCAACGAAAUGGCAACUCUAAAAACACAACUAGAUACAUUUUUCUUAUCGAGAGUAUCGCUAUUUUCAGAAUUACCUCAAUUUUUCAUUUGUGCCGCCUACACAAGAUCUAUGACAAUGAAAAUGAACUCCGUUUUUUUCUUUUUUUCUUCAAAAUUAAAUCGGCAUCGAGUAACGUCAAUAAUAAUUUGCAGUAUUAGAGCUCCCCUAAUAUAUAUCUUUUAUCACGUUCAGCUCAAUUUUCAUAUAUUAUAUAAUAAUGUGUGUCUGCAUAGUCGAUUUGCCAGUCAGCACAGCACGUGUUUAAAAUUAAGCCACGCGUCAUGAAAAAUAUAUAUAGAAAAGCCGUAAUAAUAAAAAUGGUCAUUGACAUGACACCAUGCAAGCUGAAUUUAGAAAAGAGAAUGACAGAGAAGAAAACAAGUUUAUCAUCACUUUCAUCGACUUUGUGUAAACGGAACACAUGGCAAUAUGAAGUUUUUUUUUUGAAAA